UACCUACCACGACCACCACUAACUAAUCUCCCAACCGAGAUGAAGUGACAUCCCCAUCCAUGCAGUCGAUCCGUGGCUGUGCCAUCUCUCCCCCAUCUUGUGUCUAGCAGCUAGCCUAGCUACUCCCUCCCUACGUAGCUGUUUACCCUCUUUUCCAUCGCACCGUGAUUAUUUCCAUUCCCAAUUAAUUUUUUCUUCCUUCCCUUCCCUUCCCUAUCAUCACCUCCACCCACUUCUACGUAUAAAUCCUCCCUUCCCUCCCAUCUAGUUACCACCACCAUCAUGCCCAUCUGCUCCUCUUCCUCACUCCCUCCCUCCCUCUCUCUCCCCUCACCAUUCAAUCGUUAAUCCCCAGGAAUGCUUAUCGACGGCGAAAAGUGGGCGUGUGAAGCUUGUGUCCGCGGCCACCGUGUGACCACCUGCAAACACAAUGACCGACCCCUAAUUCGCAUCAACCGCAAAGGUCGUCCCUUUGCCACCUGCUCCAUCUGCAACUGCACCCCCUGCGAAAGCCCCGAAGAGCACGCCAAGCUCAAACGUGAGACCGAUCAUCAUCAUCCUUCUUCAUCCUCAAAACGAGCUGCUGGCCGAUCCCCGCGACUCUCCGCCUCUCCGUCCACCUUUCUCCCCAUUGCCCCGAGGCCGUCCGUUUCCCCUAGUACCAGCGCGACGAGUCCCAAUUCAUCACUUCCGGCUGCUGCUGCUAGCGCAUACGCUGCAGUGUCAGCCGCGGCGACUCUCCCAGGAAGUACGACAGCAACCGCAGCGGGAUAUCUCUCCCCACCACCCAUCGCAUCUCUCCCACCGUCAUUCUGCUCCAUGGCCGCCACCACUGACAGCAUGUCCAUGUCCAUGGUGAAUCCCCUGCUCGUGGAUGCGCAUCGCAUGUACAGCGACCUGGCAGUAUCCUUUGCGGACAGUAAUGCCAUCUACGCGCUGGAGGACAUGGGAUUGGAUGACGUCAGUGCAACCAUGCUCGCUGCCGAUCCCGUCUUCCAGGGGAACGACUGGGAUUGGUUACAUGAUGAUCACCACGAUGGUGGUGUGCUCUAACAUUUGUGGAUCCUCUUGGGUCUGCAGAUUAUUCACUACAAAGUAAUUACUCUGUGGAUUCGAGAGGGUCGUCUGGGUAGGGCGGUGGGAGGCCUGGGGUCCGAAAAUGAUGGGGUCGUAUAUGAUGUUAUGAGAAACGAAUUGUACCGAGAAAAUGGUAUGGACCAGUCGGGAUCAACAGGACCUAUCUACUUGCUCACUUUACUUGACCGGUUC